AUGCCUACGAAAGAAGCCUGGAUAGCCUAUGUGGAUGGAUCAUCCACGAAGUCCCGAAGCAGAGCUGGGGUGGCCUUGAUAACACCGGAUAAGGAGGAAAUCGCAGUGGCAUUGAAGUUAGACUUUCCAACCACAAACAACGAGGCGGAGUACGAAGCAGUAAUAGCAGGCCUUAGCUUGGCAGAACAUCUGGGAGCAAAAAACCUCGAAGUACGAAGCGACUCACAGGUUGUUGUCGGCCACAUCCAAGGAGGAUCUGAGGCCAAAGGUGAAAAUAUGAUAAAGUACCUUGCCAAGGUGUUGGGUUUUUGGGAUCGCUUCGAGCAAGUGGUGGUUACGCAAAUCCCGAGGGCCGAAAACGGACGAGCCGACGCAUUAGCUCGGCUGGGAUCGGCAACGGACGAAAUAAUUUCAGCUUCAAAACACCGGGUUAUCAUUCUGGACAAACCUUCCGUGGAGGAUGUCAGAUCGGUAAUGCAGAUCGAUGACGCCUACGUAAUUCCUGAAUGGGCAAGGGAGGCUCGGAAAAUCUGGAUGCAGUCAGCACGAUACGCUCUUGUCGACAACAUUCUAUAUCGCCGAGGCUAUUCACUCCCAUUAUUAAAGUGCCUCUCGGCGACUGAGGCCAAGUACGUGUUAAAGGAAAUUCAUGAGGGAGUCUGUGGCAGUCACUCGGGGGGUAGAAUGUUGGCACACAAGGCUGUACGAGCGGGCUACUAUUGGCCAACGAUGAAUCAAGAGUCAAUGGAAAUGGUCCAAAGGUGUGACAAGUGCCAAAGAUUCGCCAAGUUACAAACCAAACCACCAGCAGAACUUAGCUCGGUUUCUUCACCAUGGCUGUUUGCCCAAUGUGGGGUUGACAUUGUAGGGCCCAUGCUCACGGGAAAGGGGAAUUGCAGAUUCCUAGUGGUUGCAGAGUGGUGCGAUGAGCUCAAGAUUCGACAUUUUUUCUCGUCGGUAUAUUAUCCACAGUCAAAUGGGCAGGUCGAAGCGACAAACAAAACUCUGGUGAAAAUAUUGAAGAAAAAACUCCCGAAGCGUAAGGGAGGAUGGGUAGAGUACUUACCAGAAGUUAUGUGGUCGUACCGGACGACAGUCAGCUCGGCAACUUUCGAAACUCCUUACUCACUAGCCUUCGGGGUCGAAGCAGUGAUACCAGUUGAAAUUGGUUCCCCAAGCUUCCGCAUUCAGCACUAUAAUCCCGGAUUCAACAACACAGGAUUAAAGCUACACCUAGAUCUUCUAGAAGAAAAACGAGGAGAUGCAAAAGUCAGAACUUCCGCUUAUCAAGAAAAGGCAGCUCGGUAUUAUAACAAAAGGGUAAAGCCCCGAUCGUUCAAUGCUAGCGAUUGGGUGCUACGGAGGAUUACUGCGGCAGCUAAAGACCCCACGGAAGGGAAGUUGGGGCCGGUCUGGGAAGGACCAUUCCGAGUUAUUAAAGAUUCAGACAGCAUAUUCUAUCCAAGUACAACAUUCGCAAGAUUGAGGCUUGAAUCACGUUGA